UUACGGCCGUGGGGACGGGGCGAGCCGGCGCCAGGGCCACUGCGGCCGGGAAGCAGGGCAGGCGGGUGAGGUUGAUGCCCGGUGGCGGGGUGAGCUCGGCGUCUGGCCGGCUACUCACCGCCGCAGAGCAAAGGGGUGCCCGGGAAGCGGCGGGGUCGACGUCCAGGAGCGGUGCGGGGGGCUCCGCCGGCGGCAGAAGCGGAGCAGGCGGCCCCGGGCUGGGCAGUGGAGGCCCGGGGGGGCCCACGGGCAGGAUGAGCCUGACCCCGAAGGAGCUCUCGAGCCUGCUGAGCAUCAUUUCGGAGGAGGCGGGCGGCGGCAGCACCUUCGAGGGCCUGUCCACCGCCUUUCACCACUACUUCAGCAAGGCCGACCACUUCCGCCUGGGCUCGGUGCUCGUCAUGCUGCUGCAGCAGCCGGACCUGCUGCCCAGCGCGGCGCAACGCCUCACCGCACUCUACCUGCUCUGGGAGAUGUACCGCACGGAGCCGCUUGCCGCCAACCCCUUUGCCGCCAGCUUCGCGCACCUGCUCAACCCCGCGCCACCGGCCCGCGGCGGCCAGGAGCCAGACAGGCCGCCGCUCUCAGGAUUUUUGCCUCCUAUAACUCCACCAGAAAAGUUUUUUCUUUCCCAGCUGAUGCUGGCACCCCCAAGAGAACUCUUCAAAAAGACACCUCGACAGAUUGCACUGAUGGACGUUGGAAACAUGGGCCAGUCUGUGGAUAUUAGUGGGCUUCAGCUAGCCUUGGCUGAACGCCAGUCUGAAUUGCCAACCCAAAGUAAAGCUAGCUUCCCUAGUAUUCUCAGUGACCCAGACCCAGACUCUUCUAAUUCUGGAUUUGACAGCUCGGUUGCCUCUCAGAUCACAGAAGCUUUAGUCAGUGGACCAAAGCCACCUAUUGAAAGCCAUUUCCGCCCAGAGUUUAUUCGUCCACCACCUCCACUCCACAUUUGCGAGGAUGAGCUGGCUUGGCUGAAUCCAACAGAGCCUGACCAUGCAAUUCAGUGGGACAAAUCAAUGUGUGUCAAGAACAGCACUGGUGUGGAGAUCAAGCGAAUAAUGGCCAAAGCCUUCAAAAGCCCCUUAUCUUCUCCUCAACAAACACAGCUCUUGGGUGAGCUGGAAAAAGACCCCAAACUCGUUUAUCAUAUUGGCCUCACUCCAGCCAAACUUCCUGACCUGGUGGAAAACAACCCUCUGGUUGCUAUAGAAAUGCUGCUGAAGUUAAUGCAGUCAAGCCAGAUCACGGAGUAUUUUUCCGUCCUGGUCAACAUGGACAUGUCUUUGCAUUCAAUGGAAGUUGUAAAUCGACUAACUACAGCUGUUGAUCUACCUCCGGAAUUUAUUCACCUUUAUAUAUCAAAUUGCAUCUCUACUUGUGAACAAAUUAAGGAUAAAUAUAUGCAGAAUCGUUUGGUGCGUCUUGUGUGUGUCUUUCUCCAGUCCUUGAUCCGUAACAAAAUUAUUAAUGUGCAGGACUUGUUUAUAGAAGUGCAGGCAUUCUGUAUUGAAUUCAGUAGGAUACGAGAAGCUGCUGGCCUUUUUCGUUUGUUGAAGACACUGGAUACUGGAGAAACACCUUCUGAGACCAAAAUGUCAAAAUAAUACCUCAUCAGAACCACGUUCAUUGUUCAGCUGUAUUGUGACUUAAUUUUUAAAACUGUUAGAACCUUGAAUGGAUCGUUUGGCCUAAUGCAUAUAAACACCACUUUAUCUACUUAAAGCAAAAGUUUCCUUUCCUAGAUGACUUUUUCGUAAGAACUUGGAAAAAUGUGUCUCUUAGAUGUCUUGCUGAUUAUCAGGAGUAACGGUUAUCUACAAGAAGUAGAUACUUGCAAACAAGUAGAUGAGGUUUUAGCACUGUAGAGCAAAGUGCCUGUUUUUGUUUCAAAUACAAGUUACAGGCUACUGAUAAAUUGAGAAUCUAGUUUUCUUAAGAAUUUGUCAUACUGCCCUUGAGAUGAAAUCAGUUGAAUGUUUUUGAAUCAAGUGGCAAAUAGAAGUUUGGUCCUGAAACCCAUUUGUGUGUAUAGCCCUUAAUUUCUCAUGAAGGACAGUUUGAAGUAAGGACAUGCUUCUAACUUGAUCCUUUC